CGCUGUGGAUCACCGGCGUCAGUAUGGCAGCCUGCAGGGAGCCGUGAGAUUAUUAUUGAGCUUCACAUUUAAGUUUUAUCUUUUCAGUUAUUUUUUGGCGAAAGAAGCAUAAAACAUGUCCCAGCUGCUGUGCUCUAGACUGUACAUAACUGCAUCCUCGCGUUCACUGUCUUUUUACUCACAGUUCCGUAAAACAGGAGACAAAUGGAAGCUCUCACGGUGGUAUACUGCUCAUUAUUCUCAUGGACCUAGCUCCACACAGCAGCCUAGCAGUGCUUUGCACCGUAUUUGGUACCUGGCACAAAGAGCCAUCCGCCAUUCUCCCUCCCGGACAUCCAAAUCACCAGGUUUGAAAUUCAUCCUGGGACCUGCGGUCCUUACUGUCUCAGCACGCCUGUUCUGCUGUGUAGCCCACUGUGAGGCAGACAUCAAUAACAACACUCUAGGGGAAGUUAUCACCAAAGACCCAGUGCCUGAGUUCAAAUGGCAUAUCCUGUGGGAAUUUGUCAAACCUCAGCUGUUUGCUCUCAUCUGUGCUGUUGUGCUGGCUUUUGGUUCAGCUAUGCUGAACAUUCAAAUCCCAUUAAUGCUUGGGGACUUGGUGAAUGUUGUGGCACGCUACCUCAGAGAACAUUCAGGUAACUACGUCAGUGAGAUAAAAGGUCCUGCCAUGAAACUUCUUGGACUGUAUGGCAUCCAGGGCCUCCUAACAACUGGAUACAUCAUCUUACUGUCAAAGGUGGGGGAAAGAGUGGCCGCAGACAUGAGGAAAACCCUGUUUGCUUCCCUGUUAAGGCAAGAUGUUGCUUUCUUUGAUGCCAAUAAAACCGGGCAGCUUGUAAAUCGUUUGACUGCUGACAUUCAGGAGUUCAAGUCAUCCUUUAAAUUGGUUAUUUCUCAGGGUCUGCGGAGCAUCACGCAGGCAGUCGGUUGUUUGGUGUCUCUCUAUGUCAUCUCCCCAAAGCUUACAGGCUUGACAGUGGUUGUCCUCCCAUGUCUUGUGGGAGCAGGAGCUCUCAUUGGUUCAUUUCUGCGCAAACUAUCUCGUCUGGCUCAAGAACAGGUAGCAAAAGCAACAGGGGUGGCAGACGAGGCUCUGGGUAAUGUCCGGACAGUGAAAGCUUUUGCUAUGGAGGAACGAGAGCUCCAAUUAUAUGCAUAUGAGGUGGACAAAUCAUGCGAAAUGAAUGAAAAUCUUGGUGGAGGGAUAGCAGUUUUCCAAGGCUUGUCAAACGUGGCACUGAACUGCAUUGUCCUUGGAACUAUUUUUGCUGGAGGGACUUUAAUUUCAAGCAAUGAGAUGUCGCCCGGAGACCUCAUGUCAUUCUUGGUUGCAUCUCAGACUGUUCAGAGGUCCUUGGCCAGUAUUUCCAUCCUUUUCGGACAGGUGGUGAGAGGUAUAAGCUCUGGGGCUCGGGUUUUUGAAUACCUGUCUUUGCAGCCGACCAUUCCUCUCUCUGGGGGAGGACGCAUCCCUUACCACUCUCUGAUAGGAAGAGUGGACUUCAUGAACAUUUCAUUCAGUUAUCCAACGAGACCCGGCCAUGAAGUCCUGAAGAAGUUCAAUUUAACGCUGCCACCUUGUAAAACUAUUGCUAUUGUUGGUGAAUCUGGAGGAGGGAAGUCCACAGUGGCGUCCUUAUUGGAGCGAUUCUACGAUCCAACCAGCGGUGUGGUCAUGCUCGACGGACUUGAUAUUCGAACGUUGGAUUUGGCCUGGAUCAGGGGCCAAGUCAUUGGAUUUAUUAAUCAGGAGCCAGUUUUGUUUGGAUCAUCUAUCCUGGAGAACAUCCGCUUCGGGAAGCCUGAUGCCACAGAUGCUGAGGUCAUUAGUGCAGCGAAGCAAGCCAAUGCUCACCGCUUCAUUACGAGCUUCCCAGAUGGCUAUAACACCAUGGUUGGUGAGCGAGGCGUGACGCUAUCGGGGGGCCAGAAGCAGCGCAUUGCCAUCGCCCGAGCUUUGAUCAAGAACCCUAGCAUCCUGGUGCUCGAUGAAGCCACCAGCGCCCUCGAUGCAGAAUCAGAGCGGGUGGUGCAGGAAGCUCUGGACAGGGCCACAAAGGGUCGCACUGUGCUCAUCAUCGCCCACAGGCUUAGCACCAUCCAAGGGGCCGAUCUAAUCUGUGUCAUGAGCAAUGGCCGCAUUGUGGAGGCUGGGACACAUUUGGAACUGCUGAGCAAAGGAGGACUUUAUUCUGAUCUGAUCUGCAGACAAAGAGCCGAGGGGCAGAAAUAAAGAUUUACAAACUUUUCAGCAGCACAAUGAAAAAUUACAGAUUUUAAUUGAUGGAUUACAUCAAAUGGGUUAGAAAAUGAACAUGGAUGUGGUUAGUUUUGUAGAAAAAUCAAACAUUUGUAAAUGUAUGCAUCAGUGGACCAACUGGAUUAAAAUGUGAUGAUUUAAAAAAAACACUACUGUAUUGAGCUUACAACACAAAUUAAAUGACAAAGUACUGUUUUUGCAAAAUAAAAUCUGUUUGAGAAGAGAAA